AUCUGUGAAUGAUCACAGAGGUCACAUGGUACAAGGCUAUUCACAACAUCCUUGUACCAUGUGACAAGCUGUGACCAAUCACAGCUCACUCAGUACUUCUCAAUGAAUUUCACACGUCGUAAGCAAUUAUGUCAGAAGUGACAUCUUGCUUACUACUUUGCUUGUGAUCACAUGAUCGGGACCUCGUACAGAGGUCCCAUCAGACAAUCGGUGUUUCACUCUGUCCAGGAGGACACAGCGGGCUCCGGAUCGAGGUGCUGCUCGCUCCCGGGGAGCGCACACAAGCAGGGUGCGGGGAGGCCGUUUAUA